AUGCUACAACAAUUGGUGGCGCUUCUUUUGACUAUGUCUUCAAAUAACAACUUAAAUGUAAACGAAUUUUUAGAUGCUAUCGAUUCUUCUAAUGCCACAGAACACAAUAUCACAAGUCCAACACCAGCUCCUGAUUUAACCUUUACUUCUGCUCCAGUUCCAUCUAAUUCAAAGAACUACAGUACCGCUCCAAUGCGUUUUUCCGGUCGCUAUGAUUUGUUUAAAUUGCCUGAUUUCCUCCUCACUGUUGAAGCACAACUUUACGCGCAAAAUCUCCAAACAGAUGUGGAACGUAUUGCUUUUUUUGGUCGUAAUUUGACUGGGCCCGCUGCCCAAUGGUACGCCCAAUGGAUUCAAAAUCAUAACCAGCCCUACUACGAACAAUUUCUCAUCGACUUUAAAAAUAAGUUUAUCAGUAUAAUCAACCUGCAUGCCAUCUUUAAUGAAUUCAAACGUUUAAAGGAAGCUAAUGUUGGCAUUGAUACUUACAACCAAAAUUUUUCUCGACUAUUAGCGUUAAUACCCGCUGAUAUUUGGACUCCCAAAGGCGAAUUACUUUUCUACUACCGUGGCCUUACUCCUAACACUGCCUAUAAAGUAGCCUUAGCUCAUCCCACCACUGUAGAUGCUGCUAUGGAAGCUGCCACCUUUAAUAUGGAUAGUGAUAUCCAUAUGACUUCUUCUGUCAACCCGGUCCCUGUGGACUUUGCUGAUGAUUACCACCCUCAGAUUACUACUGUUUAUCAUUCUCAAAGAAGGGGAGGCAGAAAGGGAAAUCAAAAAUUGUCCCAAACUAAAAGACAAUCAAGUAAACGCUCCUUUCGCAACAGUUGCCAAGUUAAAAUACUUAUUAAAGAGAAACCUAUUAAUGUUUUAGUGGAUACUGGUUCCCCCACAUCAUUCAUUAGUGCUGAUAUUGCUGAUAGUCUCAAGUUAACACGUUCUGCCGCUCUACCAUUCCGUUUUAGAAGUGUUGUAUCAUCCGAAUCUUCCCAUACUAAUGAAUCUGCUGAAAUUUCACUUGAACUUGAUGACAUAAAAAUUAAAACACCCAUAUACACAACAGAUUCCAUUGCUUUUGAAAUUAUAAUUGGGCACCUGAUCAUAUCAUCUCACCCGCUGCUCCAUAAGAUAUUAAAUAAUAAGAAACCCGUCCCAGAAUACACUAUAUUCGUAAAAGCUGAAAAUGAUACCGAAAAGUUAAAUGCUGAUAAUACUGCCGCUGCACUUGCCAUAAAGGUUUCCGUAAUUGGUGAUGAUGAUCACCUUGAUAAAUUACCUCGCUGGUUAAAGGAUAAAUACUCUGCUACGGUCCGUAAUGAUCUACCACCAAAGAAUUUUACUGAAGCUUCAAGGGUCAAAUACGAAAUCGAAAUUAAAUCUGGUGCACGUCUACCCAGAAGACAAUCAUAUCAAAUUACACCAAUACUAGAGCAAGAAAUAGAUCUGAUCGUCGCUGAUCUUCUCGAAAAGAAACUUAUAGUUUCUUCCAAGUCACCAUGUAGUUCACCGGCGGUCCUCGCUAAAAAGAAAGAUGGUACAUAUCGCUUAUGUGUAGACUGUAGAGCUCUCAAUACUGUGACCGUUAAAGACCCGUUCCCGUUACCUAGGAUUAACAAUCUAUUAGCCAAGAUUGGCUCGUCAACAAAUUUUUCAACGCUAGACCUCCACUCAGGUUAUCACCAAAUACCUAUGGAAAUGGAUGAUCGUCUCAAAACUGCUUUUGUCACCCCUAAUGGAAAGUAUGAAUAUACUGUCAUGCUGUCUUGUUUCGUAAUGACUUCGUUAAUACCUUAA